AUGCUCAUAGUAGGAAUGACUGGAAGUGGCAAAACUCAGUUCCUACUUAAUAUGCUAGAAACAGAGUACAAUAGAGUAUUCGAUUACAUUGUCAUUAUAUGUCCAACAAUAGAGUGGAAUAUGACUUACAUUAAUUGGGCUCAUAUUAGUGAUCACGGAGUUAUUCAGAUUCCAUGCUCACAAGAAAUGAUCAAUCUUGUUCUCAAGGCAGUGUCCACCAUAUUCCGCGGUACUCAAACUCUCAUUAUAGUGGACGAUUGUGCGGCAAGUCAAGAUGUAAAGAAAAGAGUCUCAGAACUGGUACGUCUAGCAUUCUCCGCAAGACAUUACAACAUAUCUGUCAUUGUACUUACCCAACAAUUGUCAUCAGUAGCAAAACCAUUUAGAGAGAACAUUUCCAGGUUAUUUACAUUUUACAACCCUAGUCGCAAAGAUAUGAAGGUCAUAACAGAUGAUUACCUAAGUGGUGUUCCUCAGGAGGCGAUAACAGGGAUUACGAAGAUAUUAAAAGAUGAGAAGUUCACCGCACUGGAUGUACUACUUAUUCACCCUUACACAUACACUGUUAAACUAAACACCGCGUAAAAUAUAGAUGAUGGGAACUAAAUCUGAUGAAGAAAUAUUUGAGGCUGUAAGAGAAGUAGAGGAGGCCGCAAAGGUGCCGCAGAAAAAAGCAAGAAAAACUAAGUCUACCGCUGAUAAGUCGCAAACUGAACACAAAAGAGACAAACUUAUAGAGCUAUCUAGGGAUGGUAUAAUAGGGAAGCCCGCAAGUUUUAUAAGAAAGUCUAACAAGGAUGUUGUAGAUAGACUAUACCAUGAGUAUGAAAGUCAGAGGAUGUCAUGUGCAAGUGACUUCUUAUCAACACUUAUAAUUUCAAAGUUUGCUUCUAUACUGGGGAGUUUUGGUGCGGUGGAAUCUUCAGAGAAGCUGUCAGAGGAACUACUUAGCGAUAAGCUUUUAAGGGACGACGUAGCGUAUCUAACCAGAACGAUAUCUCCCAACAUUCCAUUCAUAGGGCUCAUAUCCGGUGGCUGUACAACAGCCAAGCAUGUAGUUGCCCAUAAGUGGAGUAAGAAGGAAGAAAUAUCUGAGGAAGCUAAACAUAUCUUAUUAAAUACAGAAGAAUGUCGCAACUCGGAGAGCCCUACGACUGGGGAAACGCCUGGGACGGAACAGAGUUUGAAGACAUAAUUAACGAGUUAAUUGAGAAGACCGACGGGAACAAGGAGCAGCUAGACGAAAUUCAGGCAGCACUUGAUUCAACAGAAAGCUUACUCAAGAAGAACAAGGCAACACUGGACUCAAUAGAGAAGGACCUGUACUCCCUCAAGGAUAAAGUUGUGGGACCACUCCAGCAUGACUACCAGACGUUCAAAGAUGAUAUGGUUAAAACAGUUGUAAAGAUAUACAAGAAACUAUAUGAAAUGUAA